GCUGACCCGUGCGCCCUUUGGCAGGCACUGGCUCUUUGUGGAAAAAAUUAGGAGGCACUUAGGGAAGUGAGACAGAAAACAAACAGAGCAGGCAGGAGGCUGCAGCUGGGCAGCCGGGCAGCGCCCACCGAGGAGGUCGGGCUCCUGACGCAGGGACGUGGGCGCUCUCUGGACGGAAGCAGGAGGUGGUUGAGAAAGCAGGGUGGUAGAGCAGCACGUAGCGUCCUGCCCUGGUACCCCCUGAUCCCCCUCCGACUCCUCUCUACGAGCCCCGGCUCCUGCCGCCUCCUCCACAGCACCCUUCCCUUCCUUCCUUCCCUGGGCGCCUGGGCAGCGGGACUGGGCCGUGUGCCAGCUGUGGUACCCGACACCUCUUCUCCUCCUCCACGGAUACCGCUAGACCCACAUGGUCCAGCCCCCGUGACUUGAGCCGGGACCUGAUGUUCACCCCCAAGAGCAGGGGGGUGCGAAAGGAGGGGGACACGCCACCUUCAAAUACGCCAAACACGGGGCUCGUCCUAGCUCUGUCCUCCCCAGACGGAGAGCAGCCACGUGACUUGGUGGGACCUGCACUGAACCUUGCCACACAAGAUGACAGCAAGAGAUGGGCCCCAAGAUAGGUACAAGGGUGUCUGGCUGAUCUUCUUCAUCCUCGGCCUGGGAACGCUGCUGCCAUGGAAUUUCUUCAUGACUGCCAGGGAGUAUUUCAUCAGCCGCCUUGCGGACCCUGAGGAGACAAGCCACUUCCUGAACGAGACUGGUGGGGCUGCCUUGCCCCCCUCCUACCUGCAGUCCAUGUUUGACAACUUCAUGACUCUCUGCGCCAUGGUGCCCCUCCUCAUCUUCACCUGCCUCAACUCCUUCAUCCACCAGCGGAUUCCCCAGCAGGUCCGCAUCUCAGGCAGCCUGGUGGCCAUCGGGCUGGUGUUUUUAGUCACUGCGAUCAUGGUGAAGGUUGCCAUGGAGCCUCUUCCCUUCUUCAUCUUUACCAUGAUCAGCAUCGUCUUCAUCAACUCCUUCGGCGCCAUCCUCCAGAGCAGCCUCUUUGGGCUGGCAGGGCUCCUGCCUGCCAGCUACACAGCUCCCAUCAUGAGUGGGCAGGGCUUGGCGGGCACCUUUGCCGCUUUGGCGAUGAUUUUCAGUAUUGCAGUUGGUGCCCAGCAACCUGAGAGCUACAUUGGUUACUUCGCCACGGCCUGUGUGGUGAUCUUGCUGGCAAUCUUCUCCUACAUCCUUCUGCCUCGCAUGGAUUUCUUCCGAUACUACUCCAUGAAGGACAAGACAGAGUACCAUGUGUACAAUGCAGAGCUGGAGACCAAGAGAGACCUGAUUAAGAAAGAUGAGCCCAAUGGGAUGGAGCAGAAUAACUCAAAGAUCAUCCCUAUCCACAAUCCUGAUGAGAAGCCCUCGGUCGUUGCUAUUUUUAAGAAGCUCUGGGUCAUGGCUCUGUCUGUCUGCUUCGUCUUCACUGUCACCAUCGGUGUCUUUCCUUCCAUCACAGCUAAGGUGUCCACUGUCCUCGGAGAGGGAAACACAUGGGGUCUCUACUUCAUCCCUGUCUCCUGCUUCCUGCUCUUUAAUGUCUUCGACUGGACAGGACGGAGUCUCACCGCCCUCUUCACAUGGAUGCCUGAGGAAGUGCAGCACGGGGAGGAAGAUGUGGAGACUUUCGCCUUCCAGGCGGAGAUCGCCCAGCUCAUGUCGCUUAUCAUCAACACCUUCUACUCCAACAAGGAGAUCUUCCUGCGGGAGCUCAUCUCCAACGCUUCCGACGCUCUGGAUAAGAUCCGUUAUGAGAGCCUGACUGAUCCUUCCAAGCUAGACAGCGGUAAGGACCUCAAGAUCGACAUAAUCCCCAGCCCCCAGGACCGCACGCUCACUGUGGUGGACACUGGCAUUGGGAUGACAAAAGCGGAUCUCAUCAACAACCUAGGCACUAUUGCCAAAUCUGGUACCAAAGCCUUCAUGGAAGCCCUGCAGGCUGGCGCAGACAUCUCCAUGAUUGGGCAGUUUGGUGUGGGUUUCUAUUCUGCCUAUCUAGUGGCCGAGAAGGUUGUGGUCAUUACCAAGCACAAUGAUGACGAGCAGUAUGCUUGGGAGUCAUCAGCUGGGGGCUCCUUCAUUGUCCGGACUGACCAUGGUGAGCCUAUUGGACGGGGCACCAAAGUCAUCCUGUAUUUGAAGGAGGACCAGACAGAGUACUUGGAGGAGCGGCGUGUCAAAGAGGUGGUGAAGAAGCACUCCCAGUUCAUUGGCUACCCUAUCACACUCUAUCUGGAGAAGGAACGUGAGAAAGAGAUCAGUGAUGAUGAGGCAGAGGAGGAGAAAGAUGAGAAGGAAGAGCCAGUGCCCAAAGAUGAGGAGAAACCCAAGAUCGAGGAUAUGGGCUCUGAUGAUGAGGAGGAGGGAGACAAAGGCAAGAAGAAAAAGACCAAGAAAAUAAAGGAGAAAUAUAUUGACCAGGAGGAGCUGAACAAGACUAAACCUAUUUGGACCCGCAACCCUGAUGACAUCACCCAGGAGGAGUAUGGCGAGUUCUACAAAAGCCUCACCAAUGACUGGGAGGACCACCUGGCUGUCAAGCACUUUUCUGUGGAAGGGCAGCUGGAAUUCAGGGCCCUGCUCUUCAUCCCACGCCGUGCCCCUUUUGACCUCUUUGAGAACAAGAAGAAGAAGAAUAACAUUAAGCUGUAUGUGAGGCGUGUCUUCAUCAUGGACAGCUGUGAUGAGCUCAUCCCUGAGUAUCUAAACUUCAUCCGGGGUGUUGUGGACUCGGAGGACCUACCUCUGAACAUCUCUCGUGAGAUGCUCCAGCAGAGCAAGAUCCUCAAGGUGAUCCGCAAAAACAUUGUGAAGAAAUGUUUGGAGCUCUUCUCCGAACUGGCAGAGGACAAAGAGAACUACAAGAAAUUUUACGAGGCCUUUUCCAAGAAUCUGAAGCUGGGCAUCCAUGAGGACUCGACCAACCGAAAGCGCCUUUCAGAGCUGCUGCGUUACCACACAUCCCAGUCAGGCGAUGAGGUGACUUCGCUUUCAGAGUAUGUGUCCCGUAUGAAGGAGACCCAGAAGAGUAUCUACUACAUCACAGGGGAGAGUAAGGAGCAGGUUGCCAACUCAGCCUUUGUGGAGCGUGUGCGGAAGCGUGGCUUUGAGGUGGUGUACAUGACGGAGCCCAUUGACGAGUACUGCGUGCAGCAGCUCAAGGAGUUUGAUGGCAAGACUCUGGUAUCAGUUACCAAGGAGGGGCUGGAGCUGCCUGAGGAUGAGGAGGAGAAAAAGAAGAUGGAGGAGAGCAAGGCCAAGUUUGAGACUCUUUGCAAACUCAUGAAGGAAAUCCUGGACAAGAAGGUGGAGAAGGUAACUAUCUCAAACCGGUUGGUUUCAUCUCCUUGCUGCAUCGUUACCAGCACCUAUGGUUGGACAGCCAACAUGGAGCGCAUCAUGAAGGCUCAGGCGCUGCGGGACAACUCUACCAUGGGCUAUAUGAUGGCCAAGAAGCACCUGGAGAUCAACCCUGACCACCCAAUCGUGGAAACCCUCCGCCAGAAGGCUGAUGCUGACAAGAAUGACAAAGCUGUCAAAGACCUGGUGGUGCUACUUUUUGAAACUGCUCUGCUGUCCUCUGGUUUCUCCCUGGAAGAUCCCCAGACCCACUCCAACCGCAUCUACAGGAUGAUCAAACUGGGGCUUGGCAUUGAUGAAGAUGAGGUGACUGCAGAGGAGCCCAGUGCAGCUGUCCCUGAUGAAAUCCCCCCUCUGGAGGGAGAUGAAGAUGCAUCCCACAUGGAAGAGGUAGACUAAAGUAGGAGGAAGCCUCUUCCCUCACCUGUGAGGCUUCUGCUCCACCUCAUGUCUGCUUAGGAUGGGGUUUGCUCCCACCAGCUGCUACUGACUCCUUGGUGGUGUCUCUUUUUUGGAUUGAGUUGGGUUUUUUUUUUUUUUUAGCAGGGGCAGGAGGGCAUGAUUCCUUGUUUGUCAGUAGUGAUUCAGGCAGCCCAAGGCCUGUCUCUUCUGUGUCUUUCUGCUUGUGUAGGAACAGCUGUUGGGGAGUGGAGGUGAGGAGGCAUCAGGUUUCCCCUCUCUCUCCUGCCAUGGGGUCUCCUGUGUUCCCAGUAGGCAUCAAACACUGCCCUUGCUCUGAGCUGCUGCCUCGCCAAACCCCCAGGGUAGGAUAUUGUAUUUCAGUUGGCUUGGUUAUUUUUUGUUUGAUUAUUUUUCUGUUGUUCUACUGGAAUUAAAGUAUCAAAGAAUGUGGUUUACACAGUGGGGUCCCUUCUGUUUCAUGUCUACCAUACAGAGGAAAGAGUCUCAGCCUGUGUCUGAGGGUACCAGGCCACUGGUCUCUCCCCUGCCCUGACUGGUUUUCAGAGCCCUGCUUUAGCUGAUCUCUACCCCUUCCCUGCCCAGCCACCAUGGGGUGGGUUGGAGAAACACACGGCCUGCUGUGCAGGUGGGGUCAUCUCCAGCAGGCAGUAGUUGUCCACCCAGAGCACGGUAUGCCCUGCAGCCUGGGAAUAAACCUUUCCAAUCUGCUCAUAUCAGCUGGGCAAGUGGUGCCAGGACCCGAGUCUGCACUGCUGCUGGCUGGUCUGAUCUGAGCAUCCCUGGGGGAGGGAGCUGUGGCAGGAGCCAUCUGCCCGUUCCUGUGCAGAGGAGGGAGUGGAAUGACAGCUCAGGACUGUACUCAAGCUGUUUCUCUUCAGUUCUUAGGCCAAACAGCUCUUGCUCUGUGCUUUAGACUUCAGCCUGUCUUUUUUGGGCUUCUGCAG